CCCAGCUGUUGGCCGGCUCCUCCUAAGCAGAAACGCUUAAAGAGCGAAGUAGAUAAUACCAAGCGGGUCAAAAGCGACGAGUUAAUUCAUUACAGCUAGAGCGGCGGGGGCGGGGGGACGAGGAGGAGGAGGGACACUUCUGCAAAAGUGACCCAGAGCCGGCGCUAAAGCUGGGUCAGUGGUUGCCUCUUUUAAUCGGAGCUUUGCUGGGGUGGAUCAACCCUCGCUUUAAUUAGUUGCGUGUUGAUCCACCGAAUGGGAAGGAAAAGGGGACCCGGAGUUUGGUUUCUCAGGAAUUAAUCAAUCUUGAUUGGCAGCCUCAGCAUUUUCUUUGCUUUGAAUGCCAGCAAUUCUGCAUCUGCUAUGCCUGAACCAAAGUCUGUAUGCGUUUCAGUAGAUGAAGUGGUCUCCAAUGGAACUGACACCCAAGAAGUCCACCUACUCAAUGGCCAUUUAAAAAAGGUGGACAAUGCAUUGACAGAAGCCCAUCGCUUCUCCUACCUUCCGCGGAGACCGGCUGUGAACAUUGAGUUUAAAGAACUCUCUUACUCGAUCCAAGAAGGACCAUGGUGGAGGAAGAAGGGUUUCAAGACCUUGUUGAAAGGAAUUUCAGGAAAGUUCAGCAGUGGAGAACUUGUGGCCAUUAUGGGUCCUUCUGGAGCUGGAAAGUCAACUCUCAUGAACAUCCUGGCAGGAUACAGAGAGACUGGGAUGAAAGGAGAGAUCCUCAUCAAUGGACAACCCCGUGAUCUGCGCUCUUUCCGCAAAGUGUCCUGUUACAUAAUGCAAGAUGACAUGCUACUUCCACAUCUUACUGUCCAAGAAGCCAUGAUGGUAUCUGCUCAUCUGAAACUUCAGGAAAAAGAUGAAGGCAGGAGAGAAAUGGUAAAGGAGAUCCUGACAGCUCUGGGUUUGCUGUCCUGUGCCACUACGAGGACCGGAAGUCUUUCAGGCGGGCAGAGAAAGCGUCUCGCUAUUGCUUUGGAGCUGGUGAACAACCCGCCAGUUAUGUUUUUUGAUGAACCUACCAGCGGCCUGGACAGUGCAUCCUGCUUUCAAGUCGUCUCCUUGAUGAAGGCUUUAGCACAGGGUGGUCGGUCCAUUAUCUGCACUAUACACCAGCCCAGUGCCAAACUCUUUGAGCAAUUUGACCAGCUCUAUGUCUUGAGCCAAGGGCAGUGCAUUUACCGUGGGAAAGUGUUAAACCUAGUCCCUUACUUGAGAGAUUUGGGUUUAAAUUGUCCAACGUACCACAAUCCAGCAGAUUUUGUGAUGGAAGUUGCCUCCGGAGAGUAUGGAGACCAGAACAGUCGUCUAGUAAGGGCAGUCCGAGAGGGAAUGUGCGAUGCCGAUUUCAAGAGAAACUCUGGGGGAGAAAGUGAACUUAACCCUUUCCUAUGGCACAGACCAUCUGAAGAGGAUUCUUCAUCAACAGAAGGCUGUCACAGCUUCUCAGCCAGCUGCCUUACUCAGUUUUGCAUUCUGUUUAAAAGAACAUUUCUCACCAUAAUGAGGGAUUCGGUUCUGACGCAUCUGCGGAUCACAUCGCACAUUGGCAUUGGACUCCUCAUAGGAUUGCUGUACUUGGGGAUUGGAAAUGAAGCCAAAAAAGUCCUGAGCAACUCUGGCUUCCUCUUCUUUUCCAUGUUGUUUCUCAUGUUUGCUGCACUCAUGCCGACAGUCCUUACAUUUCCUCUAGAGAUGGGUGUAUUUCUUAGAGAACAUCUGAAUUACUGGUACAGUCUGAAGGCCUACUACUUGGCUAAAACGAUGGCUGACGUCCCUUUUCAGAUUAUGUUUCCUGUAGCAUAUUGCAGCAUUGUGUACUGGAUGACCUCGCAACCCUCUGAUGCGCUCCGAUUCGUCCUGUUUGCAGCACUGGGGACAAUGACAUCACUCGUGGCUCAGUCACUGGGGCUUCUGAUUGGGGCAGCAUCCACUUCACUCCAGGUGGCAACAUUUGUAGGCCCUGUUACAGCCAUCCCCGUUCUCCUCUUCUCAGGAUUUUUUGUCAGCUUUGAUACCAUUCCAGCUUACCUCCAAUGGUUGUCCUACAUCUCAUAUGUCAGAUACGGAUUUGAAGGUGUCAUUCUAUCCAUCUAUGGUUUGGAUCGGGAAGAUCUCCACUGCGACAAAGAUGAAACUUGCCAUUUUCAAAAAUCAGAGGCCAUCCUCAAAGAGCUGGAUGUAGAAAAUGCUAAACUUUAUUUAGACUUCAUCGUGCUUGGAAUUUUCUUCAUCUCCUUACGCCUCAUUGCCUACUUUGUCCUCAGAUACAAGAUUCGAGCAGAGAGGUAGAGAGGAAGCAGAUGCAACAAACAACAUUCAGUUGUAGACUGUUGUUAUUGUCUGAUUGUGGCAGACAAGUCUCCAGUGCCGAGUUGCAAGUGGGAUUGUGAUCUAGCCCAUAGAAAACCAUGUCCUGGUGGAUUAAUGGGUGCAUAGUUAACCAUGAUUGUGAACUGACUGGGUUUGGUCAUAUUUCUUUUAUGCUUUCUAGCUUUAACUAGGAAGACAAACUAGAAGGGAAUCUUGUUUCACAUCUGGGAGCCAUUGCUGCUGAUCACAGGAAUUUUUUCUCAUGGAAGCUGUGUUUUCUUGUAAGGUAGCUCAUGUGGCAACAAGGUAAAAAAAAUGGCUGGGGAUCUUUCUUCUAUGUCCUGCAAACAUGUGAGGAAUAUAUUAUCUCAUCCUGUUGCAUCA